AUGGCAGAAGAUAACUCCUGGAAAACGAGCAAUUUUCGACAAAGUGUUGUUAAUAAAAUCAAUGAAGCCAUUCAGCAGACGGGUAUGACGUCGUCAAAAAAUGGAAUCGAAAUGGAAAACCAUGUUUUUCACAAGGCGCGCAACAAGGACGAAUAUCUUGGUUUCGUAGCCCGGUUAAUCUUGCACGUUCGAGAAAUGAAUACAAAACACAAAAACCAGCAAAACGCUGCAGCGGCAGCAGCCCAGCAAGCACAGCAGGACGGAACCGGUAACACGAGCCAGGGUGGCGGAGGUAUGCCGGAUCCGAUCAACGCCUUGCAGAACCUAGCAUCGCAAGGAACCCGGCCGCAAAUGAUGGGACAAAUGGGUGUUGGUCCUGGGGGACCCAUGGGAGGUCAGAUGGGGGGUGCCGGUAACGCUUCAAAUUUGCUACAUUCUCUGCGCCCGCAAAUGCAGAUGGGAGGCAUGGGAGGUCCUAUGCAGGGCAAUCGGGUCGGAAUGGGUCCGGGACCGGGAAAUCAAAUGGGUGGCAUGAUGGGACCGAACCAGAUGCAAGGCCCUGGUGGACCGGGUGGUGCAAUGGUUGCAGGAAUGGUACCGGGCCAGAUGGGCGUCGGCAUUGGUCCCGGAGGAAUGAGUGGCGGAAAGAUCGUGGGCAUGGGCGGCCAGCAGCAGCAGAUGGCGCAAAUGAACGCGAUGCAGGUGAACCAAAUGCAGCAGGCUCAACAGCAGCAGCAGCAACAGAGCGGAAUGUCCCAACAGCAGCAGCAACAACAGGGUGGCAUGGCUCAAGCUUCCGGUGGCCCUGUGCAGCAGAUGUCUGUAGGACCGAGCGGACCAAGCCAGAUGAAUCCAAUGGUGAUGGGACAAAUUCAAGCGCAAUUACAGAACCAAAACGCAAUGGGUGGUCAGCAGAUGGGAGCGGUCGGUGGUCCAAUGAAUCCCGGAAACCAGAUGGGACCGAUGGUGGGUGCUAAUAACGGAAUGAACCCCCAAACGAUGGGAAUGGGUCCCGGCCAGGUGCUUCGCCAGCAGCAACAACAGCAGGGAAUGCCGCAAGUAGUCAACCCGAACCAGGUACAGAUGGGUCUGGGACCGGGACAGAUGGGGCAGCUGAGUGCUGCCGUGCAAGGGAAUGUCGGUCAUGGCGGUCCUGGCCCAAAUAUGGCGCAAGUGCAGCAACAAGUUGUAGUCCAACAGCAACAACAACAACAUCAGCAGCUACAACAUUUGCAACAGCAUCCUCAGCAACAAAUGCAACAACAGCAGCAGCAUCAACCACAGCUUCAGCAACAACAAAUGCAGCAUCAGCAGCAUCAACAGAUGCAACCGCAUCAGCAACACCAGCAGCACCAACAGCUAGGACAACAGCAUCCACAACAUCCGCAGCAACAUCAGCAGUUGCCGCAGCAUGGCCAACAUCCUCAACUUCAGCAGCAGCAGCAACAGCAGCACCAGCAACAUCAGCAGCAACAACAACAGCAGCAGGUUCUCCUGAAUGCCAUCGGUCAAGGGGCCGGAGUUGGACCAGUUGGGCCAAUGGGGGGACCAAUCGGAGGACCCGGUGGCCCCAACGUUCCUAUGCAGCAAGCAAUGCAGCAACAACAGCAGGCGGCUGCCAUGGGUGCGGGAGGACCUAAUCAAAUGAACACUGGCGUUGGAAUGGGACCGGGAGGAGUGGGCCCUACCGGUGGUGGAGUGAUGGGGCCCGGUCCUGGUCAGAUGCUGGGUGGGGGUGGUGGAGGACCGGCCGGACAACAGGGUAAUUUUGUUGGGAUGGGAGCAAAUGCAAUGGUUCGCAAGCCUCCGGAUAUGAUGCCUGGAGCGAAUGUGUACCCUGGGAGCGGUGGAGCGGUGCGCAGUGUAACGCCAAACAAUUUCUUGCGCCAAUCUCCUUCCCCUUCCGUACCAUCGCCCGUUGGACCUGGUGCGCAUGGACCACAGUCACACCCGGGCCAAAUGAUUCCAUCGCCGGCACUUAUCCCUUCGCCAAAUCCGCACAUGGGCGGCGUUGGUCAACGUUCGACAAUCGGCCAGUCACCCGGUGGAUCGCUUAACACCCCCGGCCAACCUGGAGGCGCCGUACCGAGUCCGCUCAAUCCGCAGGACGAGCAGCUCUACCGGGAAAAGUAUCGAUCGUUAACGAAAUACAUCGAGCCACUGAAGCGGAUGAUUGCCAAGAUGGAAAACGACGACAUCGAUAAGAUCGCCAAGAUGAAGCGGCUGCUCGAGAUUCUCAGCAAUCCAAGCGUUCGCAUUCCGCUGGAGACGCUGCACAAGUGUGAGGCGGCUUUGACGAGCCAACUAGGUUCAAUCCGUGAGACACCUACCAACAACCCGCUGGUGGAAGCCGUUUCGAGCAGUCUUCAGAGCGCAACCGGGAACCAUACGCUGCAACGAACGUUCCGGCCCUGCUUAGAAGCGUUGUUUGGGCCGGACAUCAAAAAUCUGCCCCCGCCGGCGAAACAAGUGAGACUAGCGCAAGAGGAUUCAACUGCUAAUGCGUCCAAUGGGGGCACAACUAGCGGGACCGGGACGGCAACGACGGUUAGCGGUAGCAGCACCGUAUCGACCAUGUCUACACCCCAAGAGAUCCCGCACAUUCUGCAGGGGGAAAUUGCACGACUUGACCAGAAGUUUAAGGUAUCACUAGACCAAUGCGCCAUCAGUGGCACAAGAACGAUUAAGCUGAUCUGCUGGCUGGACGAUAAAAACUUGCCCUGCGUGCCGCCGGUAGCCGUCACCAUCCCGGAAGAUUAUCCCUUCACAGCACCGAGCUGUUCGCUGAUAGAGCAGGAGUACAACGCGACACCAUUCCUAAUUCUGGUGCAGAAAUCGCUGAUGGCGCGUAUCUGUAAGCUACCGGGACUUUUCACGUUGUCGCAUCUUCUGGACACGUGGGAGAUGUCGGUAAGACAGGCCUGCUCGCCAAACCCGACAAUUGUCGCUCCAACUAGCACCAGUGUACUUUUGGGCAUGUAAUCGGCAUCGUAUCGAAAAGAGCGCUAAGAUUCCUUUCUUUUUCAACGGCUAUAUUUGAAUAGUUACAGAUUUUAGGACACUAAAAAUAUAUAUAUAUUACAAAUCAUUGUAUAGGAACCACGUGUUGUUAUCUGAAUCAUUUAUUAACUGCGUAUUAGCGAAUGAAACGUAAAGGGAU